AUGAACGAAACGGCGUUUGUUAACCAAUUCUGGGGCGCUGGCGAUGGUGGGUUUCGCGUGAUUCAGCAGCGGAUUCGCAGUGCUGAAGCCACCCUUCUGGCGCUCCUUCACUUCUACAAAGAGCGCAUCUCCAUAGAAAAGGAUUAUGCCAAACGGCUCGAACGGCUAGUGUCUGCAAACACCCUUGGAGCGGCAGAAACAGGCUCUUUGAAAAUAGCUCUUGAUAAACUUCAGAAUGAAAGCGAACAACAGGCAGCAGAUAGUCGCACUUUUGUCUCGAAUGUGGCUCACCAUAACUACGAGAAGCUUAGUGCGUUUGAAAACAUGUACCGGCGCAGUGCCGGGAAGCUUGAAAGCCACAUGAAGAAAGUGCUUGAGCGGAAAAAUGAGCACUUUGCACAACUUGAACAGGCGAAAGAAAAGUACCGGGCCGAAUGCUCUCAAGUCAAGUCAUUGACGUUGGUGUGCCAAACUACAUGGGGCCGAGAGCUUGAGAAAAACCAGGCGCGGCUUCGGCGCGCGCAAGGGUCUCUCGACCCGCUCCGGGCGCACUAUCAGAAGGCCGUUCGCCAGCACGCAGCGUCGCACGAAACUUGGGUACGUGACUGGGCAGCAGCGCUUCUGGCGCUCUACCAGUUGGAAGUCGAGCGUCUCCAGAUGUGCAAGCUCAACAGUUUCAGCUUUUGCAACCAUGUGGCUUCGCUUUGUGUCGCUUGGGACCUGGCGGCCGACUCUGCGCGCCUGGCUAUUGCAGGCGUGGCUGCCCCACGCGAUAUUGCUGAUUUCGCCCGCGCCUACGGCACAGGCAGUGAAAUCUGGCGGGCCCCCGACUUUGUGGAAUUUCUCGAGGGCCGUGCCGAACCACCCAUGGAAAUGGAACGUGCACAGUUUGCUGACCCCGAUUAUUCGGUCGUGCUACUGCGUACGUUCUCCGUGCAGACGCAGCUGAUGGACCAGACCCACAAGGCGCUUCCCCCAGUGCGCGCGCAGACUCCGCCCUACGCCCUGGGGCACGAUGCAGAUUCAACGCACAUUCGGCCAGGCUAUCUGUCCGCGCCCACUGAUCACUUGGCCACUACAAUUCCCGGCCCAGACGUUGAUUCUGGACAUGGCCCAAUUUCUGCUGCACAGCCAUUCACAGCACCAGUGCCAGACUUACACCAUGUGCAAGACCAAAGCCACGAAAACUCACCACUUCGCCCACGCAAACUGCCUUCUCACAGCACCUUUUCUGACGACAUGUUUGAAAAGGCAGCGUCCGAUUACCUGAGCCCUACAAACUAUACGGUGCGCAGUUGGGCGUCGCCGCGCAAGCGGACAGGCGCAAACGCACAGGAAAACAUCAACCGCCGACUGCGCGAUAUGACCACAAUCGUGGCGCCUGCGCGCGAGCCUGAAAGGCCAAGCGUUCCUAUUGCCAAAGAUUUCUCCAUCGAUUUCAUAGCCAAAGCGCUCGAGGACCUUGAUGCCGGUGGAAACGGCGACGUGACCCAGUUUAGGCGCUCGCAGCGCGGCGCGCCCGCGCUCGAAGAUGUGCGUCCCGCACUGGAUUAUGUCGACGACUCGCAAGAAGUGGCUACACGUUUCGGCUCCAUCUCUUUUCGAAGUCCUGUUCACGAGCCCGCAGAGGAACGAUGGUCACCUGAAGGGAAAGCUCGUCAAGCAGAUUCCCCCAAGCGGUGGUCUCCGGAAAGACGGUCCUAUGAAAGGAAGGCGCCUGGUUCGGCAAACAAGGAGCUUGGGUCGCCCGAGAGGAGUGGAGCCCGCACUAGUUUUACUCCUUCUGACAAGCAUUCACGGUCGCUGCGUCGUUCUCUUCUGAUGUCUCCUACAAAGUCCUACACCAAUCUUCGUGCCUUGGUCGAUCCAGUCACCCCGGUCACUAAAAGCCGCUACGUGGCUAAGGCCAAGGCCAGAUACGCCUAUACUGCCCGCGAGGAUGGCGAGCUUUCUUUCCGCAAGGGCUGGAACAUGUAUGUGAUUCACAAACAGGAAGACAAUUGGUAUGUUUGCGAACUAGCAGAUAAUUGUGGGCCUCUGAAAGGAACUAUAGGGCUAGUGCCGUUCAAUUAUGUGGUCGAAGGACCAGAUGUAUUCUAG